AUGAAAUGUGCGGUGCGGUCCCAGCACUUCCUACGCACGCCUUUGCUGCUGCUCUUUGUGUGCGGAACAGCAUUUGUUCACUUGGCAUCCCAGCAAUGCCUCCAACUGCGGGGGCGCACGGUGGUGGCAGCAACCCGAUCUGCUCGGUUCAGGUCGAUCCCAGCAGCAACAGGGAUGUCAGUGUUGGUAGACUUCGCGAUGACGCGUGCUGACACAGGUACACCCGUUGGAUGGAGCGGUGUGUCAAGCCCGCUUGAGUUCAUCGCAGGGGCGGGUGAAGUGCCCGAGCCGUUUGAAGAUGCUGUCAUCGGCAUGGAGGAAGGGGAGACAAAGCGAGUCUUCGCAUAUGGGGAGCCUGAUCAGGACGGAGAAGAACUUUGGGAGAUCUUGUCUAACAAGGAGCCACCAUGCGAUGUUCCAAUCAUGCUGGACAUCACUCUGCAAAGGGCACGGACGCGCCAAAACAAGGAAGGAGUCGUUGUUCAACGAAUUCUGCCGGGAGAUGGCAUGACAUAUCCGGAAGCAGGAGAUGAAAUUUCCGUGCACUACAAAGGCAGGCUAGCAUCAAACGGAAAACUCUUUGAUUCAACCUAUAAGCGCCAAUACCCCUUCACCUUCCGGGUAGGGGUUGGGAAGGUGAUCCCAGGCUGGGAUAUAGGCAUGAUGAAGCUGUCACAGGGGGAGAAGGCGACACUUAUGAUUCCAGCAGCCAUGGCGUAUGGAAAGCGUGGAGUUGACAAAGUGAUCCCCCCGAACUCAGAUCUCAUUUUCGAGGUGCACCUGGUCAAAAUAAAGAAGUACUAA